CCCAGCGUGCCGUCAAUAGCAGUGAAACCUGAAACGGCAGUUACCUGGCAGUUACCGAAUGGCUACAAGGAAAUAACCGGCGAUAUUUAUUCAAUCAGCGUUCAGUUGUAGCCUAUAUGUUUUUACAGUUUUUCAGACUGACAAUCCGAUAAACAAGAAUAUGAAAGCAGCAUUUUGUAUACCUAUUGUAUUACUCUUUUUUAUGGAUGGGGGGGUAUUAGCUGAACUCCCUCCUCCCAUCAAUGUGAGGAUAGAAUCCAUCAACAUGGAGCUGGUAUUGCAGUGGGAUGUCGCCCUGAACACCACAGACAACAUCACCUACACAGCAGAAUACAGGGGCUUUUACCUACCCUACAAAGCGGUGUGUGGGAACAUCACAGCGCUGCGUUGUGACUUCAGCAGUGUUCUCCUACCAUUUGGAGUGUACUCUUUCAGAGUGAGGGCAGAGCUGCAGAGGGAAGGCUCUCCUUGGGUGGAAAUUUUAGAUUUCGGCAUGGACGAACAUACUAAGAUCGGGCCCCCCUCUGUGAUUCUCAACGCCAGUGGGAUCAACAUUGAAGUGACUAUUGAGGAUCCAGCGUUCCGGAUCAAAAAGUUCAGAGAUGUUUAUACCAGGGCCUCAUACAACAUCACCUACUGGGAGAAGGAUCAGAGAGACAAGGCCAUUUACAUGAGUGACAUAGAGCAGCACAGGCUGGUUCUCCCUUACCUUAAGUUCUGGACCAGCUACUGUGUCCAGGCCCAAGUGAAGACCCUCAGGUUUAACAAACUCAGCCAACCCAGUGACGUGGUGUGUGAGACCACUGGGAAGGAAGGUGACAAGGCAUGGGUUUUGGCUGUGGUGAUCAUUGUGGUCGUAGCUGUGCUGGUGGGCUUGGUGGUGUGUGGGGUGUUGUAUGGGAAAAAGAUGGUCCGAUUCAUCUGGCCCAAAGUCAAACUCCCAAAACACUUCAAAGAGUAUCUGUGGGAGCCUCGCGACUCCUGCGUGUUUAUGGCCGUGCAGACCAGCCCCCCUCCACAAGAAGUCUUCCACCCUGUCAGAGUCAUGGCGGAAGACACUCCGUCAGAGUUCCCGCCGACGGCUACCGGACUUACCGUCACCGACCACGACGAGACGACCGUGGGAGAGACGGUGAACGGAGGGUGGGUUGGGCGAAAGGAGGAGGAGAGGACUGUGAUAUAGGCCUGAAAGAGGGACGUGCUGCUUGCCUGAGGCCUGUUCGGAUGACUGUUUUCUGAAGGCAUGGCAUCCCCAUGACAACAAUGGAGUUUCCACUGUGUUGUGUGUUUGGGUUUGAAGAUUGGAGGAUUUCUACAAGUACAGCACAGAUGAGUAUGUCCUAUGAAAUGAGAUAGUAUUUUUAACGCUUCGUUGUGUUGCGACAACUUUAACUUAUACAAAAACAAAUAAAAAGCAUUUUAUUUUAACCUUCGCGCUGUGGGGGGUCUGACACAGCCCGACGGUUAAAAGAAAAUGCUUCACUUAAUUUUUAUUAAUGAGGUACAAUUGUCGCAACAUGACGGUGGGUCACACUCACAAUGACCCAAAGAUAACACAAGGGUUAAGGUAUGGCUGCACAGUGUUGAAGUGUUGUGCAAUAUCAGUGUGCUUCAAACCUAGUUGUGGGUACUGUGUUUAUGUACUGUUUAGUGCUUUUUUUU